GCAAAUUAUUUAUCAGUGGCUGGAUGAAUUACGAUAGGGCACUGUCACUUAACAAAAGAGUAGAGGGGCCUUGGGUCGCUGGCGAGCAACAAUAAUUGACUUUGCAUCUAGUCCGUGGCCGGUUGCCCCAGCCGCUUCUCAGCCAUGACCCAUCGCAUCUAGUUUUGCCAUGGCCACCCCUGACCUGUCCAGGGUCUGCCCGGACCCCGAACUAGACCAGCCGGCGCCGCAGGACAAUUUGUUGAAUGACCAGUCAGUUGAUGACGAUCUGCUGGAAAAGGAGACGCAAUGCGGAAUCGGAUUUUUCCGGUUUCCCUGGCUGCAAAAAUUUGCCAGCAAAAAGGCCUACGUUUUAAUCUACGGCCUGAUCGGCUGUGCGCAAUUUGCUCUGGCCUCCUAUUUUGUGGGCACCAUCAGUACAAUGGAAAAACGCUUCCAAAUACCCAGCACCUUCUCGGGGUUGAUUAAUUCCUCGUGGGACAUCGGGUCGAUGUUCACCAAUUUGUCCGCGGCGUACUUGGGCAGGGCAAGUCACAAGACGCGCUGGGUCGCCUGGGGCACCGUCCUGGUCGGGAUCUCCUGCUAUAUGCGCCUCAUUCCUCACUGGCUCUACGGACCAGGAGAAAAUGCCCUUUUACUCACAAGGGAGUAUGGAACUGAGUUUCGACCUCUCAACGAAUCUGACACGUCAGGACCAAAGAUGACCCUCUGCGGAAACAACCACAUCGAAUUUGAAGAUUGUGAAAAUGCCAGUUCGGGCAACAUUUCCGCCUUCAUUUUCCUCGCUGCGCACGUUGUUCUCGGCAUUGGCAGUUCCGUUUACUACACGCUCGGCAUUUCCUACCUGGACGACAACGCCAAGAAAAACAAAGCGCCCGUCCUUCUCGCUGUAUGUCAGUGUUUACGAAUGAUUGGCCCCACACUGGGAUAUAUGUUAGCAUCUUACGCAUUAGAAAUGUACGUUGACCCGCUCUUAACCCCCGUCAUUACCACAAAAGACCCUCGUUGGGUCGGAGCUUGGUGGUUAGGAUGGGCGCCGUUUGGUACAGUUUGCUUAUGUUUGGCCGGGCUGGUUGCCAUGUUUCCUCGCAGCCUCCCAAGGGCAGCCCAGCGAAGUGUGGCCGCUGCCUCUGCGGCCGGUCGUACUUACAACCCCCAGGCAAAAGCGAAAAAAUCCAUAGCAGAUUUCAAAGCAACGAUUAAGCGCCUGCUGAAGAAUAGGGUGUUGGUGUGCAACAAUCUAAGCAGCGUUUGCUUCAUCUUUGGUCUAAUUGGCCAGUGGACCUUCAUGCCUAAAUACAUGGAGACGCAGUUCCAUCAGUCCGCCUCCACGGCCAGUCUCAUUAGCGGCUCCGUCGGACUUUUGUGCACCGCAGCAGGGCUGAUGGUGUCCGCGUUAAUUAUUUCCAAAUUCAAACCAAACGCCCGAAUCCUCGCCGGAUGGAAUGUGAUCGCCGAAUUUAUCGACUGUUUUGGCUUCCUUGCGAUAACUUUUAUUGGCUGUGAAACUUUUAAUUUGCAAGGAACGCCUAAACCUGAUGGAACGCUAAAUUUAGGGGUUGAUUGCAACGCAAACUGCUCGUGCCCUGAUUCCCUCAGGUACUCACCAGUUUGUCAUGUUCCUUCAAGGACCACAUUUUUCUCGCCGUGCCACGCGGGAUGUGUGGAUGCAAGCUGGGGCGAAGGAAAUUCAUCUUUAAAAAUUUUCACAAACUGCAGCUGUGUGGACGACGGAGGUCCCAUUGUAGACGGUCCGUGUUCUGUUGACUGCAGUCGCGCCUUCAUGUUUUUCAUCAUAAUUCAAUGCGUCCAGAGGUUCCUCGGCGCCACCGGAAAAGCAGGGAACACAUUAAUCCACUUCAGGUGCGUCGACCCUGAGGACAAACCCGUCGCCAUCGGCUUUUCCGAGUUUCUUCUCUGCGUUUGCGCGUUCAUCCCCGGUCCAAUAGUGUAUGGAUAUUUGAUAGAUAUGGCUUGUCUUGUGUGGGGCCAAACGUGCGGCAAACCAGGAAACUGUUGGCUCUAUGACGUGCAAAAGUUGCGAUAUUUGGUCAACCUUCCCAUAGUUGGUUGCUUAUUAUUGGGCACAUUGUGGGAUAUUGGCGUCUGGCAUUAUGUGAAAGGUCUUCAGCUUUAUGACGAGGAAGACGGAAAAAAGAAGAAAAGCAAACCACCUGAAGAGCGAAAGGUGUCCUACAAUGCAAUGGCUUUAAUGACAGGCAGUGAUCUGAACAUUUCUGGCGACUUCAGACGAAAAAGCUACAUUGGGUACACAGAACUUCAUCUUUCCGCGCGCGACCAGCCAUUCGCAAGCCAUGAUCCAGAGCACCUCAUAGUUUUUCCACAAACUAUCAUGGCCACCUCUAACCUCUCCAGGGUCUCCCGUGACCCUGAAUUAGAAGAAUCAGCACCGCAGGACAACUUGUUAACGGACCAACCAGUUUUUACUGCCUGCGAAGACGAUUUACUAAGAAAAGAGACAGAAUGUGGCAUUGGAUUUUUCCGGUUUCCCUGGUUACAAAAGUUAGCCAGCAAAAAGGUUUAUGUUUUGGUGUACGGCCUGAUUGGUUGCUCACAAUUCGCUCUGGCCUCCUAUUUCGUGGGCACCAUCAGUACAAUGGAAAAACGCUUCCAAAUACCCAGCAUCUACUCAGGUUUAAUUAAUUGUUCAUGGGAUAUUGGGGCAUUGUUUGCGAACCUUUCCGCCUCAUAUUUGGGCAGAUCUGGUCACAAACCGCGCUGGGUCGCUUCAGGCACCGUCCUCGUCGCAAUCUCCUGCUACAUCCGUCUCAUCCCGCACUGGCUCUACGGACCAGGAGAAAAUGCCCUUUUACUCACCAGAGAGUUUGGAACUGAGUUUCGAUCUUUCAAUGACUCUGGCACUUCAUCAGGGCCAAAGAUGACUCUUUGCGGAAACAAGCAUAUCGAAUUUGAAGAUUGCGAAAAUGCUAGUUCAGGCAGUAUAUCUGCCUUCAUAUUUCUCGCAUCAAAUAUUGUUCUUGGCAUCGGCAGUUCCGUUUACUUCACUCUCGGAAUAUCCUACUUGGAUGACAACGCCAAGAAAAACAAAGCGCCAGUUCUUCUCGCAAUAAGUCAAUGUUUGAGAAUGGUUGGACCUACCAUAGGCUAUAUGAUCUCAUCUUACGCAUUAGAGAUGUAUGUUGAUCCAACUUUGACGCCAGUCAUUACGCCGCAAGACCCUCGCUGGAUAGGAGCUUGGUGGUUUGGUUGGGCUCCGUUUGGAACGGUUUGUUUGUGCACUGCCUUGAUGGUGGCCAUGUUUCCUCGUAGCCUUCCAAGGGCCGCCCAGCGUAGUGUGGCCGCUGCAACUGCGGCCGGUCGUACAUACAAUCCCCAAGAAAAAGUCAAGAAAUCAAUAGCAGACUUCAAGGCGACAAUUAUGAGAAUGAUGAAGAACAGGGUGCUUUUGUGUAACAACGUGAGCAGCAUUUUAUUUUGCUUUGGCCUCAUUGGUCAGUGGACCUUCAUGCCUAAAUAUAUGGAGACGCAAUUCCAUCAGUCCGCCUCAACGGCUAAUCUCAUUACAGGCUCCGUCGGUCUUUUAUGCACUGGAGCCGGACUGAUGGUGUCCGCUUUGAUUAUUUCAAAAUUCAAACCAAACGCUCGAGCUGUCGCCGGUUGGAAUGUGAUCACCGAGUUUCUGGACUGCUUUGGUUUCCUUGCAGUCACUUUUAUUGGCUGCGAAACUUUCAAUUUGCAAGGAACGCCAGAACCAGACGGAACACUAAAUUUAGGGGUUGAUUGCAACGCAAACUGUUCAUGUCCUGAUUCACUCCGGUACACACCUGUGUGUCAUAUUCCUUCAAAGACCACAUUUUUUUCGCCGUGCCACGCGGGAUGUGUUGACGCCAGUUGGGGUGAAGGAAAUUCAUCGUUAAAAAUUUUCACAAAUUGCAGCUGCGUGGCGGACGGAGGUCCCAUUAUGGAUGGCCCCUGCCUAGUGGACUGCAGCAGCGCCUUUAUGAUUUUCAUUAUCAUUCAAUGCGUCCAGCGGUUCAUCGGCGCCACUGGGACAGCAGGAAACACUUUAAUCCACUUCAGAUGCGUCGACCCUGAAGAUAAGCCUGUCGCUAUCGGCCUAACUGAGUUUCUUCUCUGCGCGUUUGCUUUCAUCCCUGGACCAAUAUUGUUUGGAUAUUUGAUUGACAUGACUUGUCUUGUGUGGGGCCAAACUUGCGGCAAACCAGGGAACUGUUGGCUCUAUGACGUGCAAAAGUUGCGAUAUAUGGUCAACCUUCCAAUAGUUGUCUGUUUACUCUUGGGCACGUUUUGGGAUAUCGGCGUAUGGUAUUAUGCAAAGGGUCUUCAGCUUUACGACGAAAAGGAUGAAAAUAAGAAAAAGAGCAAACCACGAUGGUUUGCUCUUACAUAGGUCUUCAACCACUCUGAACCACCCGAGGAGCGAAUGGUUUCAACUUUCAAAUAAUGCAUUGACAUUGAUGGCCGGCAGAGACCCAAAUGUUAAUGGUGACUUAUGAAAAGCUACAACUGAUGACAUAUAGAAGACAUGACUGUAGAAAUAAAAUUUAUAUUUGUUCAAUUAGUGUUUAGUGGUAUAAUUUAAAGUCGUAUAUGAAAAAGAGUGAUAAAAAAUAUUUAUAGUUUACCAUUGUAUUUAUAAUUAAAUAUAUAAUUUAAGUAACUGCAUUCAUUAUUAUUUUUAUCAUUAAAAAGUGUUAGAUAAAAUAAAUAAAAAUAUAAAAAUUUAUGUAAAUUUAAGAAAAAUAAUUUCUA